AUGUUAGAUGGCAAUUCCCAGGUGCCCCUGGGGGUUUCCUACCCAGGGAACCAUUCGCUGUCGCAGUCUCAGUCACACCUGGACUCGGCUUUAACUUUCCAACAUCAUCCGCACACGCAACAAGCCUUCUGCAGCGAUGCUGAGGGCUGGGGUCCGCUGAGCCCGCUGGGUUUCCACCUCACUCCAUGCUUUAUAGAUCUGAUCGUCGCCCUUGUCGCUGUUUGGGGCACACUGGGUGGCGCAGGCGCACUCUAUCUCCUGCUGAAGAAGCGCAUUCCCCAACCCGUCUCGAAGAAUUGGCACUUCUAUGCCAAGCUGGCUGUCCUCGCCGCACUCCUCUUUGUCACGGCCCUUCAAGUAGCCGUGCAAGCCGAAACCCAGCCGAAGACCUUUUUUGCCGACUUCCGUUUCUGGUCCUCACUUCUCACGUUUGCCUCCUUGGGCGUCAUCUUUGCGGUACAAUAUUAUGAGCAUUGGCGGAGCCGUCAGCCCAAUGGUGUGGUUCUAUUCUACUGGCUUUUCUUCAAUAUCGCCUAUGCGAUCAAGUUGCAUUCGCUCGUCGACCGGAAGGACUAUGUGGACCAGCUCCCAUACUUUGUCUGCAUCAACGUCAGUCUAGGGCUCGGAUUGCUAGAGUUUAUUCUGGAAUACUUCAUCUCCAAAAAAAAGAGUGCUUACGACGCUCUUGGCGACGAGGAUGAAUGCCCUUACAACUAUGCGGAUAUUUUCUCGGUCCUCACAUUCGGUUGGAUGACACCGCUGAUGAAGUUUGGAUACGAAAACUACCUUACCCAGGAUGACCUUUGGAACCUUCGUCGCCGAGACGCUACCCGUGCUACUCUCGAUAGUUUGAGCCAGGCAUGGGAGGAGGAACUCGAUAAGAAGAAGCCGUCCCUCUGGAUCGCUCUCUUCAAGGCAUUCGGUGGCCCAUACGUCCGUGGUUCAAUCAUCAAAUCGGCCAGUGAUGUGCUUGCCUUUGUUCAACCGCAGCUUCUUCGUUAUCUGAUCGCUUUCAUUGAUUCAUAUCGACGCCCGGAUCCACAGCCAGUCAUCAAAGGUGUUGCCAUCGCACUGGCAAUGUUCUUCGUAUCCGUCUGUCAGACUAGCUUUCUUCACCAGUACUUCCAACGUGCCUUCGAUACAGGUAUGCGUGUGAAAUCGUCUUUGACUGCUUUGAUCUAUUCGAAGGCCCUCCGUCUUUCUAGCGAAGGUCGUGCUACCAAGACUACUGGCGACAUCGUCAACCACAUGGCUGUGGAUCAGCAGCGACUUGCUGACCUGACUCAAUUUGGUACACAGUUGAUAUCUGCCCCCUUCCAAAUCGUCCUAUGCAUGCUAUCGCUCUACCAGCUUGUCGGGCCAAGCAUGUUUGCUGGUGUCGGUGUUAUGAUUCUCAUGAUCCCACUGAACGGUGUCAUUGCUCGAAUGAUGAAGAAGCUCCAGAUCAAGCAGAUGAAGAACAAGGAUUCGCGUACUCGCCUGAUGACUGAGAUCUUGAACAACAUCAAGAGCAUCAAGCUUUAUGCUUGGAACACUGCAUUCAUGAACAAGCUCAGUCACAUUCGAAAUGAUCUUGAACUGAACACACUUCGCAAGAUUGGUGCGACCCAGUCUAUUGCAAACUUCACUUGGCAGUCUACCCCCUUCCUUGUGUCCUGCUCGACAUUCACCGUCUUUGUUCUUACGAGUGACAAGCCCCUGACCACCGAGAUCGUCUUCCCUGCCCUGACUCUAUUCAACCUUCUCACAUUCCCUCUGUCGAUCUUACCAAUGGUUAUCACCUCUGUAAUUGAAUCCAGCGUGGCCGUGCAACGUCUCGUGGACUACUUCACGGCAGAGGAACUGCAGACCGAGUCUGUCAUUUUCCAGGACCCCGUUGAACACACUGGUGACGAGUCAGUCCGUGUUCGCGAUGCUUCGUGGACUUGGAACCGUCAUUCCGGAGUUCCGGUCCUUGAGAAUAUCGAUUUGAGUGCCCGCAAAGGUGAGCUUAGCUGCAUUGUUGGUCGUGUCGGCGCAGGAAAGUCUUCCCUACUCCAAGCACUUUUGGGAGAACUUUGGAAGAACCGUGGUGAAGUUGUCGUGCGUGGACGUGUCGCAUACGUCGCCCAAGCACCCUGGGUUAUGAAUGCCAGUGUUCGUGAGAACAUUGUAUUUGGCCACCGAUGGGACCCAGCAUUCUACGAACUGACGGUCGAGGCCUGCGCUUUGAUCGAUGACUUUAAGAUCAUGCCCGAUGGUGAUCAGACUGAAGUCGGAGAGCGUGGUAUCUCACUCUCCGGAGGACAGAAGGCACGUUUGACCCUCGCAAGAGCAGUAUAUGCACGUGCAGAUAUUUAUCUUCUUGACGAUGUUCUUUCCGCCGUGGAUCAGCACGUUGGCCGCCACAUCAUCAACAAGGUCCUCGGUAGCUCUGGCAUUCUGGCUGGAAAGACGAGAAUCUUGGCUACCAACGCUAUCACCGUCCUCAAAGAAGCGGACUUCAUUGGCCUGCUGCGUGACAAGACUAUCAUUGAAAAGGGCACAUAUGAACAACUUAUGGCAAUGAAGGGCGAAAUCUUCAAUCUCGUGAAGACCAACCUCGCAGAAUCGGACGACGAGCGCUCUGAUGCAUCAGAUGAUGACCUGGCCAGCCCUGGGAACUCCGAGUCUACUGCUGUACUUGACGAUGACGAAGAGGACCCCGACAGUGAAGAACUCGAGCAACCGGGUUCUCUUGUUCCCAUUAAGAGUGGGCGUAGUCCCCAGCGCAAGGCUAGCCAUGUUACUCUGCGGCGAGCCAGUACUGCAACCUGGCAGGGCCCACGCCGCAAGCUGGGAGACGAAGAAAAUGUUCUCAAGAGCAAGCAGACUCAAGAGACUGCCCAACAAGGCAAAGUCAAAUGGAGCGUCUAUGGAGAAUACGCUAAGAAUAGCAACAUUGUGGCGGUUACGUUCUACUUGCUUGCUCUUCUGCUUUCGCAAACUGCCCAAGUGCUUGGAAACUUCUGGCUGAAGAGUUGGACGGAGGCUAACGAGGCACAUGGCACAAAUGCUAGUGUCGGUAAGUUCAUUGGUGUCUAUCUAGCCUUUGGCCUGGGCUCGUCUCUUCUCGUCAUCGUUCAAAACUUGAUUCUCUGGAUCUUCUGCUCCAUCGAGGCUUCUCGCAAACUCCACGAGCGCAUGGCUUUUGCCAUUUUCCGCUCUCCCAUGAGCUUCUUCGAGACGACUCCAUCAGGUCGUAUCCUGAACAGAUUCUCUAGCGAUGUGUACCGUGUCGAUGAGGUCCUUGCGCGUACCUUCAAUAUGCUGUUCGCCAACGCUGCUCGUGCCGUUUUCACCAUGACUGUCAUUUGUACAUCGACCCCAGCCUUCCUGAUAUUCGUUCUCCCUCUGGGCUGGGUUUAUCUCAGCUAUCAGAAGUACUACUUGCGAACCUCUCGUGAGUUGAAGCGACUGGACAGUGUCACUCGAAGCCCUAUAUAUGCCCAUUUCCAGGAAUCGCUCGGUGGUAUUUGUACUAUUCGUGCCUACAAACAGGAAAAUCGCUUUGCACUUGAGAAUGAAUGGCGCAUGGACGCCAACCUGCGUGCUUACUUUCCGUCCAUCAGUGCAAACAGAUGGCUGGCCGUGAGACUGGAAUUCAUCGGCUCCAUCAUCAUCUUGGCUGCUGCUGGACUUGCCAUUCUCUCUGUUGCCUCCGGCAGCGGUAUCAGCGCGGGCAUGGUAGGUUUGGCCAUGUCAUAUGCUCUCCAGAUUACACAGUCCUUGAACUGGAUCGUUCGCCAGACUGUUGAGGUUGAGACUAAUAUCGUGUCUGUUGAGCGAGUGCUGGAGUAUGCGAACCUGCCCAGCGAGGCACCUGAAGUUAUCUUCAAGCGUCGUCCUGCCAUCGGCUGGCCUGCUCAAGGUGCUGUCUCCUUCAAGAACUACAGCACCCGCUAUCGCGAGGGUCUUGACCUGGUCCUCAAGGACGUCACCCUCGACAUCAAACCCCAUGAAAAGAUUGGAGUCGUUGGUCGAACUGGUGCUGGAAAAAGUUCUCUCACUCUGGCUCUGUUUCGAAUCAUCGAAGCCACGAAUGGCAGCAUUGAAAUUGACGGGCUUGAUGUCUCGACGACUGGCCUCUUCGACCUCCGCGGUCGCCUGGCUAUCAUUCCCCAGGACCCUGCCAUGUUUGAAGGUACACUGCGUGACAACCUGGACCCUCGACACGUUCAUGACGACACCGAGCUCUGGAGUGUAUUAGACCAUGCCAAGCUCAAGGACCACGUCGCUCAGAUGGAUGGCCAGCUCGACACUCAAAUCCAAGAAGGUGGCUCCAACCUGAGUCAAGGUCAGCGCCAGCUCGUCUCUCUCGCCCGGGCUUUGCUCACACCAAGCAAUAUCCUGGUCUUGGACGAGGCAACCGCGGCAGUUGACGUGGAGACAGAUGCACUGCUGCAGCGCACGUUACGCAGCAGCAUCUUCCAAGACCGUACUAUCAUCACCAUUGCGCACCGUAUCAACACAAUCAUUGAUUCCGAUCGCAUUGUUGUCUUGGAUAAGGGUCGUGUUGUUGAAUUUGAUACUCCCGCCGAACUGGUUAAGCGCGGCGGUCGCUUCUACGACCUCGCGAAGGAGGCAGGCCUGUUGGACAGCGAUGGCAUCGCCGGCUCCUCGCAAUAA